CUUUCCUCCAUCACUUCACUAUGCUGCCCUCAAAUCUCUGCCGCUCCCUCCGCACCCAGUUCGCUCCUGCUUUCCGGGGGACUUCACAGCGCCGAAGCCCAAUUGCGCCCCUGUUGGCCCAGUACCAGCGGAGAGAAGCAAUCCGCUUCAACUCUUCGUCUUCCAAGCCACCUUCAGACCAGCCAGCAGCAGAAGCCAGCUCUUCGCUCUCAGUGUCCUCAUCUGAACCAGUAAAGAUUGACCCACUAGAGCCUCGGUACUCUAUGACGUUCACCUGCACCGCCGAAGAUUGUGACCGUCAUCGCUCAACACACACGUUUACCAAGCGGGCGUACCAAACGGGUAUCGUUAUCAUUCAGUGUCCUGGAUGUCAAAAUAGGCACUUGAUUGCUGACAACCUCGGCUGGUUCAAGGACAGUACAGAAGAGGGGAAGCUGAGCAACAUUGAGGACAUACUGAAGGCUCGGGGGGAACAAGUACGGCGAGGAACCAUUGGUGGGGAUGGUGUGGUCGAGUAUGCGGACUAGGUAGGCCUCCGCUCUUGUGUUACUAUCUCUGCUCCCAAACUGGCGUCUACCCAUCGUCGCCCCAGCCAGUUGAUCAUCAUUCCUCGACCUUGCAUUCUAUAUAGGCAUACCUUAUAUAUUCAUAGUUAUAGACCAUAUUACCGUUACGAUGCUUAAUGAUAGUACGCCAC